ACUGAGGCGGAAAUGAAAGUUCAGUAGCGACAGCAGCGGAGCACAGCUGAAAAAGAGCUGUGAGGUCAUGGCAGCUGCCAGCGUGAGCAGACCUGGCGGUGCCCAGACCACUGAGAAGUCUCAGUUGAUCUUGAAAGUGGUUUCAGCGAAGCCUCAGUCUCCCAAGCUGCCAAACCGUCACUCUCGGCUCAGCUCCUUCGUUGAGGUGACUGCUGACGGCCUGACCAGUGAAACCAAAAAAACAGGCAAACGCAGCGGACACCUGGAGCUGCAGUGGAAUGAAGACCUCACCCUUAACGUGACGCCUCAGAGUCGUCUGGAUCUGAAGCUGUGGAGCUGCCACACCCUGAGGAAGGAGCUACUGGGCAGCGCCACCAUAGACCUGCUGGACACACUGCGCACACACGAUGGCAAGAUGGAGAACGUCCAGCUGAGUCUGGUGCUGCAGACGGAGAACAAAGGCUCGGUUGUAGCGGGAGGCGAGCUGAACGUCUGUCUGGACGGCAUGGUUGUUGAUCUGGGCUCACUGCCCAAUGGCAGCACAGCAGCAGACAUCGAUUAUUCUCUUGUGGCCACAAAUCGCCGCACCACCAAACCUUUAAAGACCCCCGACCCGGGUUUUGAGUCAGGGUCACGGCAGGGCGGUUCACCCGGUGCAUACGACCGCAGCUUCAGGUGGAAAUACCAUCAGUUCCGUUUCCUGUGUCAUUCCAAUGCCUUGCCCAGCCACGUAAAGAUCUCGGUGUCCAGACAGACGCUGUUUGAGGACUCUUUUCAGCAGAUCAUGAAUGUGAAGCCAUACGACCUUCGCCGCAGACUCUACAUCAUUAUGAGAGGAGAGGAGGGGCUGGACUACGGCGGCAUCGCCAGGGAGUGGUUCUUCCUGCUGUCCCACGAGGUGCUGAACCCAAUGUACUGUCUGUUUGAAUACGCCGGCAAGAACAACUACUGUCUACAGAUCAACCCAGCCUCCUCCAUCAAUCCCGACCACCUCACGUACUUCCGCUUCAUUGGACGCUUCAUCGCCAUGGCUUUGUACCAUGGGAAGUUCAUCGACACCGGCUUCACACUGCCGUUCUACAAGCGAAUGCUGGACAAGAAACCCACGCUCAAAGACCUGGAGUCCAUAGACCCUGAGUUUUAUAACUCCAUCAUGUGGGUCAAAGAGAACAACCUGGAAGAGUGUGGCGUGGAGCUGUAUUUUGCACAGGACAUGGAGAUCCUCGGGAAAGUUUCCACUCACCAGCUAAAAGACGACGGCGAGAAUGAGCUGGUCACCGAGGAGAACAAGGAAGAGUACAUCAGCCUGCUGACAGACUGGAGGUUCACCCGCGGGGUGGAGGAGCAGACCAAAGCCUUCCUGGAUGGCUUCAACGAAGUGGUUCCUCUGGAGUGGCUUCGCUACUUUGAUGAAAAGGAACUGGAGCUGAUGCUGUGUGGGAUGCAAGAGAUCGAUUUGGCCGACUGGCAGAAGAACACAAUCUAUAGACAUUACACCAAGAACAGCAAGCAGAUCCACUGGUUCUGGCAGGUGGUGAAAGAGAUGGACAACGAGAAGAGAAUCCGUCUGCUUCAGUUUGUAACAGGAACCUGUCGGCUGCCUGUGGGAGGCUUCGCUGAGCUCAUAGGAAGUAACGGUCCCCAGAAGUUCUGCAUAGACAAGGUGGGGAAAGAGACUUGGCUUCCAAGAAGCCACACAUGUUUCAAUCGCCUGGAUCUGCCGCCCUACAGAAGCCUGGAGCAGCUCCGGGAGAAGCUCCUCUUCGCCAUCGAGGAGACGGAGGGAUUUGGACAGGAGUGACGCGGGAAAUUAAAGGAGAAUAGUUAAUUCAACGGGAUUGUUUUUGUUAUUAAUAUUAUUAUUUUGCAUUUGUUUAAUCACAGGGCUGAAAAAUCACCUUUCAUAAUAGCCCCUCACCCGGGGGGAGGAUCAUGUUUGUGAACUGAAUCAUAGGUUAAAGUCAGAGCAGAACAUAGAGGAAGAGUGUGCGUGCUUACUUGUAUGUAUGUGCGUGCGGUUGCUCACAUUAAUGCCAUUGUGUAUAUGCAUAUAA